AUGAUGGUCUUUUUAGCGAUCGGAAUUUCUCAAUGGAUUUCUUGUUAUGUCAUUUCAAUACUCUUGUUCAAUCCAAAGGUGGUUCAACCCAAUUACAAGUUUGUACAAACGAGUGAGAAAAUGACCAUUUCGUUUAUUGAAAUUUUGAGACAUGCCUAUUCUGAACAACCAUUGUUCAUGAGAAGAAUUAUUGAUGCCUAUUUUGUGAAGGCAUUGUUUUACUUUAUUGCAUUUUCUGCUGGAUUUUAUUCAGUGAUUCAAUUAUGGUUUGUCACUGAUUCCAAUAACUUGUCAAAAUUGACCAGCGUUCACAUUUUCCAUAUUGAGGUCAAUAGAGGUGUAUUAAUUGGUGGUGCCUCUCUCUACUUUUUGGAAUUAAUCUAUAGAUCUCGAACUCAAUUAUUGAUGAUUGCUCACCAUUUGGUUGCCAUUGUCAACAUUGUUUGGAUGAUUGAAUAUGAAAAGUCUAAUUUGGCCUACAUGAAGAUUUUCAUGGUCUAUGUUUAUUUUGUAUUUUUGGAAUUUCCAGAGUGCUUCAUCAUGAUUGGAUAUCGUCUCUUCUGUAACUGGGUGCCAGAGUCAAAGGUGCCUCUUAAAAUUAGAGUGGUCUAUCGAAGACGUAUGAAAUAUUCAGUGCUCGCUCUUGCUUGGAUUGACAUUAUUUUCAAAAUUAUUGGAAAUAUUCUUGUUCUUGCCAUGUUUAUUGUCAUGUGGAAUGAUUUCCCAGUAGAGUUGAGAAUUGUCUUUUUAAUCAGUUUCACUGUGUUUUUCAUUGCUCAAGCUUAUGGACCUUAUAUUUUCUUUAAAUUGUAUUUCAAAUUGAAGAAGGCCAUUGAGGAUGAUAUGCACAAGGAACAUCAAGCAUUGUUGCAAAGUGAUGACUCGGAUGAGAAUUCAAAUUUGAAUCCAUACAAGCCAGUGAACAAUUCAAAUGAAGUUCAAUUAGAGAAUAGAGUGUAA